CACGGGGGUCGUCCGCCGCGUUAUCUUCACCAGCGGAGUAGCGUAGCGGCGGAGGUGGUCACCAGUGCCGGGCCCCCACUGCCUCGGCUCCCCGCCACGAGGCCCCAUCACCGGGAGAUCCGCUCACCGCCCCAACUGCUACAGUGACGGCCGCUGUGGCCGCCUGCACGCCGCUGGGCUCUAGCCUCCACCGCUAUUAUUACCUCUACCGCUUGAUAACAAAUCACAAACACUUGUGGUGGCAGCGGCAGCGCCGCACCGAGCAGUGUGUGCGGUUCUUCACUCGGCUGCGAAGCUUCGCCGCCAUGCCGAUGGAGCCGUCGCGGCGGCUCUUGCUGUCGGACUACGACGGCGCGGUCGAGUCGCCGCUACCGUCGCCGCCGGCCUCGUCGGCCAUGCCGUUCAGGCCGGGCGUGGCUGUCGUCGUGGGCAUCCUCACGAGCGUCUUCUCCAUCACGUUCCUGCUACUGCUCUACGCCAAGCACUGCAAGCGGAGUGCCGCGGAGUCGUCGGGCCCGUACGGGAGCGGCGGCGGGUACGGGUCGUCCGGAGGGGGCGCGGCAGGAGAACGGAGGAACUCCGGCGUCAACCGCGCCGUGGUGGAGUCGCUCCCGGUGUUCCGCUUCGGCGCGCUGCGGGGGCAGAAGGAAGGGCUCGAGUGCGCCGUCUGCCUCGGCCGGUUCGAGCCCGCUGAGGCACUGCGGCUGCUGCCGAAAUGCCGCCACGGGUUCCACGUUGAAUGCGUGGAUACGUGGCUCGACGCGCACUCUACGUGCCCGCUCUGCCGCUCUCGCGUCGACCCGGAGGACGUGCUGCUCCUCCCCGAGCCGCCUAAGCCGUCUACCACGGGGCCGCCUGACCCGCCUGAGACGAAGGCGGCUGCCGCGACCAAAGAGUCUCCUGCUCCUACGCCCGCUCCGGCUGGGCGGAGGAUCUCUGGCCGGCACUCCACGGGGUCAGUGCGCGCACCCGGGCGAGUUGGCCCUAACUCGCGAAGGUCGGCUGACGGUGGCGUGGCGGUGGGCUGUUUCGACGGCGCGAAGGUGAGGAAGGACCGGGUGCUGAUGGUGGAGCCGGCGGCCGUGGUGGCCGAGCCGGAUCCGGAGGCGUUCGACCGGAGGUUCGGGCACCGUAUACUGGUAAGCACCGCCGGUGGCUGCGAGGGCGAGACCGCUCCGGCGGCGCAGCAGCGGUGGAGCGACCUGCGGCCGUCCGAUCUGAUGUUCGUGCGCUCCGAGAUGCUGGUCACAGAGGCCGGCCGGUACUCCUGCUCCGCGGCCGUCAACUCCGGCAACGCCUGGAGCGCCAUCAGCGUGAGGAGCCUGUCGGAGCUCGCCGGCGUCACCCGGCUCCCUCCCAUCCGCGCCGGCGCGUUCGAGGGCGACGAGACUCGAGCCGGCGCGCGGCGGUGGCCCGGCUCGAGCUGGUGGGCGCGGGGCCCGCCCGGCGGUAACGGCCCUAGCACCUAGGUCGCUGUUGCGCGGGGCCCGCGUUGCAGCCCGGAGAAAGGAUUUCCCAUUCCGCUGGCGAGACUGCCCCAGAAAUGCCACGUAAUCACGACUGCCUCGCUUCGAGCUGGCGGGUCACGUGAUGGGCAGCAUGGUAAUCAUGGCGCUCCGCCCUCCUUUCGGGGCCACGCCGGUCGACCUAGGAAGCCGCGCCGGAGGGAGGUGGAGGGGGUAUGCCGCUUUUGCGGGAAUCUCGAGGCUGGUGUUGGUGUUGGCUGGCAGUACGUGCGGCGGGGAUUGGUUGCGGGCACCAGGCCUCCGCGGCUCUUCCUGCGGACGGAUCGGAGCACGGCGAUGUGGUGCAUGUUGUGGCCGGCCGUGCAUCCAUGCGUCCGUGCCGCUGCGCAGGUGAGGCUCUGGCGGCUUGCGUUGGUCGGGUCGGGGGUUAGGGAACCAUACAAAAGCUGUGCGUGUUUUGUGUAGUACUAGUGCUACUUUUUUUUUUUGUCUGUACGAGAAUGAAAAGGGCUGCGACUUUUCCGUAUGAGCAAGUGACCUGCCGGGCUAUGGCUUCGUUUCGCCGAGCCGCAUGCUAGCACA